AUGGCGAAAAGCUGCAGAGUCAGCAGGUUCUGCAUUCUGUGCGUUGUCUUAGCCCUUGUCUCUGUGGGAACCAUUAUCACGUUGUGGACUAUGGCCCUGAUGGGAUUAGGUGAUGAUGGCACAGCUCCUUGGGACAGCUAUCGUCUCUCCACUGCUUUGGUCCCUGACUACUACAACAUCACCCUGUGGCCUCGUCUCAGCCCUGACCCAAACACUGGCCUCUACAUUUUUACAGGCCGGUCCACUGUGGAGUUUGAGUGUGUGAACGAAACAAAUCUGAUCCUGAUCCACUCCAACAAACUCAACUACACCAAGCUGGACAGCACACACAAGGCCAGGCUUAUCGCUUCAGGUGGUGGGUCUGCUCCCAGUAUUAAGUCCUCCUGGCUGCAGCAUGAGACCCAGUAUCUGGUUAUCCAGCUGAAUAGUAAACUAACUGAAAAACACAGAUAUCAGCUGUACACUGAGUUCACUGGAGAACUAGCUGAUGACUUGGCAGGCUUUUACAGGAGUGAAUAUGAAGAAGAUGGAGUCCGAAAGAUUGUUGCCACCUCUCAGAUGCAUCCGACUCAUGCCAGAAAGACCUUCCCUUGUUUCGAUGAGCCCACUAUGAAAGCUUUUUUCUAUAUAACUCUCAUCCACCCCCGUGAAACUGUAGCCCUGUCCAAUGGCAUGGAACGAGAUAUUGUUAACACCACUAUUGAUGGAGUAGCUGUGACACAGACCACGUUUGAGCCCACCUUAAAAAUGUCCACCUAUCUACUAGCCAUUGUGAUCUCUGACUACACAUACCUCCAAGCCACACAAGGAGACACUCUGAUUCGUAUCUGGGCUCGCAGGACGGCUAUUGAGCAGGGACAGGGAGACUAUGCCCUCAAUGUGACCGGACCCAUACUGGACUUCUUUCAGAUGUACUUUAACAUCUCCUACCCUCUGAGCAAGUCAGAUCAAAUCGCUCUGCCAGACUUCUAUUUUGGAGCGAUGGAGAAUUGGGGUUUGGUGACAUACAGAGAAACCAACCUUCUCUAUGACCCUGUGACCUCCUCUAACAGAAAUAAAGAGACCACUGCCACCAUUAUUGCUCAUGAACUAGCACACAUGUGGUUUGGUAACCUGGUGACACUGCGCUGGUGGAAUGAGGUCUGGCUGAACGAGGGCUUUGCUUCAUAUGUGUCUUACCUGGGAGCAGACCACGCUGAGCCUGCAUGGAACGUGAAAGACUUGAUCAUACUUGAUGACGUCCACAGGGUGUUUGCAGUCGAUGCCUUGACCUCGUCUCAUCCUCUGUCUUCUGAAGAGGACUUUAUCAUCCUGCCAGGCCAGAUCAGCGAGCAGUUUGAUGCCAUCUCAUACAGCAAGGGUGCAGCAGUGUUGAGGAUGCUGUCUGAUUUCCUCUCAGAGCCAGUCUUUCUCCAGGGACUCAGUGGAUACCUCAAACAUUUUGCCUACAGUAACACAGUCGGGAAUGACUUAUGGCAUCACUUACAAAUGGUGGUGGAAGCCAAUGAGGUUUCACUUCCUCAGCCAGUUUGUGAAAUCAUGAACCGCUGGGUGCUCCAGAUGGGCUUCCCUGUGGUUACCAUAGAUACUACAACAGGAAAGGUAUCCCAGAAGCACUUUCUGUUGGAUCCAGAGUCGAGCAUCACAGUCGAAUCACCUUACAAGUAUGAGUGGCUGAUUCCUAUUAGGUGGAUGAACGGCAGUGAGGUCCAGAGAGAUAUCUGGUGGCUGAUGGACAAAGAAGUGGUAAACUUAGAGAUGAGGAGUAGAGGUGGUUUGUGGGUUCUGGCCAACAUCAAUGUAACCGGAUAUUACCGGGUAAACUAUGACUGUGGAAACUGGGAACGCCUCUUCUCUCAGCUGAAUUCAGAGCACCAGGUUAUACCAGUGAUAAACAGAGCCCAGCUUGUGGAUGAUGCUUUCAAUUUGGCCAGGGCUCAGAUGGUCUCCACUCCUCUCGCUCUGAAUACAACCCUCUAUUUGUCUCUGGAGACAGAAUACAUUCCCUGGCAGUCUGCUCUGGAUAAUCUGGACUAUUACUACCUCAUGCUGGACCGUACUGAAGUCUAUCAGCCUAUGCAGGACUACGUAAAGGAGCUGGUGACUCCUCUCUUCCUGUACUUCAAAAACAUGACAUCAGACUGGACCCGUGUUCCUGAAAGACACACUGACCAGUAUAACCAGGUGAAUGCCAUCCGUAUGGCCUGCAGGACUGGAGUAACAGAAUGCCAGAACCUGACCCGCAUGUGGUUCAAACAAUGGAUGGAUAGCCCUCAACACAAUUUGAUCCAUCCCAACCUGCGGUCAGUGGUGUACUGCAGUGCCAUAGCAGCAGGUGAUGAGGCAGAGUGGGAGUUCGGCUGGUCACAGUUCAAGAAUGCUACUCUAGCCAGCGAGGCUAGUAAACUCAUGUCUGCACUGGCCUGUACCAGCAAGGCACAACUGCUAGAAAGGUAUCUGUCUUAUUCCUUAAACUCCUCUAUGAUCCGUAAGCAGGACGCUACCUCCGUCAUCACAUCGGUCGCCAGCAACAGAGUGGGACAGAUGCUGGCAUGGGACUUUGUCAGGGAACAGUGGAAAUACAUGUUCACACAAUAUGGUGUGGGCUCUUUCUCCUUUGCCUCUAUGAUCAGUGGGGUCACUGCAAGGUUCUCUACGCCCGCUGAACUACGACAGCUGAAGGAGUUUGUGGAGAAGCACAAAGCAGCAGCAGGGUUUGGAUCUGCCACACUGGCUGUGGAGCAGGCCUUGGAGAGGACCAGAGCUAACGUCAACUGGCUGACACGGAACCAACGGGAGAUCUUGGACUGGUUCAAUAGUCACACUGGAUAUUAGAUUUUGCCAUGAAAUCCUGUAGAGCCUGCUAUGUUGAAAUGUAGUCAUUGAAAUGCCGUCGUAACAACGGUUGAAAUGGGACUAAACUUCAGUAGCCCAGUUUUAACUUCUUUUAAUACGUCUCCAUUAAAUCCUCAUGCUCUAUUUGAAACCAAACCCUCUGCAAUGAAGAGGUUUACACUUUAAUCAUUUUGAAUGUUUCAGAUUUUUAUUACAUUUGUAUUUGCUUUGAUUAUAAUGUAAUAAAUCAGAUUCAGAUUCUUUCUG